CCUUCUCCUCAUCCGACACCCGAUCCUCGAAGUCGGCCAUCUUGGCUGCUCUGGCCCAGCCCGGCGACCGGCGCGAGGCAGGCCGGGAAGGAAGCUGAGUGGUGGAAUCACCAAGGGGGCCGUCGGAAGGACCCGCCCGGAAGCUCCGGCCAAAAGGGCGCCAUGUCAGUUCCGCGCGGGUGUGACAGCCUGGAGUGGCAACGCUCUAGGAAAGUAGGCUUUGCCAUCGAGGCCUCGGAGUCUUAACAUCUUUCUCACUGAAUUUCAGUCACUUUCCCAUCCAUCCUGGAAGCUCGGUGGCGACUCUCGACUGUCCGUGGCGCCAGGGCUACCUCUGGUCAUGCAGCAGUUCCUACACCUAUGAGUUUUCCUGGUCCCGCAGGUCUCCGAGGCAGCCGAGUCCAGUGCGCUAAGAGCUGCCCGGCUCUAGGCAACACCAGUACUUUUCCAGUCCCGGAACGGGGCGAAAGAUGACCCCCAACCUCAUAGGGAACCACAACCACUUCCCUCCAGCGCCACACUGAGUCCGUUUCCUGCAGAAUAAGUGCCACCUUCGAAUCCUUCCCCGCCCUCCUAGAGGACCAGGUGGCCCCUCGGUCUGAGGUCGCGCUCCGUCGCCUUCCCGAUCUCUGUCCAGGUCCCCAGGACUCAGCCUUGACAGAGGCCAGCUUCAAGUCCGCCACUAUCCCAGGAUUCCCAACUCCGGGUUUCCUGCCCUUCUCCCCUCCCAGGUCCCGGCGCCUGCCGGAGCCGCAAGAUGGCGGACGGGGAAUACUUCGCGGAAGCCGCGCGGGCUGUGGGGUGUCCCCAUGCACCUGUUCCCGGCUUGGGCCUGGGCCCGCCGCUGGGCUGGAAAGAGCGGCUGAAGGCCGGGCUGGCGAACUCUGGGUCCACGCUGUGGUUCCUGGCGGGGCUGGGGCUGCUUUACGCUCUGAGGGUCCCGCUGAGGCUGUGUGACAACGUGACAGCGGUGACAGGGUUUUUAAGUUCGUUGACACCCAAGUUCUAUGUGGCACUUACAGGGACAUCUUCUUUGAUAUCUGGACUAAUAUUUAUAUUUGAAUGGUGGUACUUCCAUAAACAUGGCACAUCAUUUAUUGAGCAAGUGUCUAUAAGCCAUUUGCGACCACUGAUGGGAGGAACAGAGAGUAGCAUUUCAGAGCCGGGUUCUCCUGCCAGCAACAGAGAAAGUGAAACCCUGAGACACCACCAUCUAUCAGAAUGCAAGGUCUGGAGAAACCCUUUAAACCUCUUUAGAGGAGCAGAAUAUAGGAGAUAUACUUGGGUGACUGGUAAAGAGCCCCUUACUUACUAUGACAUGAACUUGUCUGCCCAGGAUCACCAGACCUUUUUCACCUGUGAAACAGACUUUUUACGUCCUUCAGACACAGUUAUGCAGAAGGCAUGGAGGGAAAGAAAUCCUCCAGCUCGAAUCAAAGCAGCCUAUCAAGCUUUAGAGUUAAACAAUGACUGUGCCACUGCCUAUGUUCUACUGGCUGAAGAAGAAGCAACAACCAUUGUAGAUGCUGAAAGGUUAUUUAAACAGGCACUCAGGGCGGGUGAGAUCAUUUAUAGACGGUCACAGCAGUGCCAACACCAGAGUCCUCAGCAUGAAGCUCAACUGAGACGAGAUACCAAUGUACUUGUAUAUAUAAAAAGAAGAUUGGCAAUGUGUGCAAGAAAAUUGGGAAGAAUAAGAGAAGCAGUGAAAAUAAUGAGAGAUUUGAUGAAAGAAUUUCCUCCUCUUACCAUGUUGAACAUCCAUGAAAACCUCUUAGAAUCACUUCUAGAGUUGCAGGCCUAUGCAGAUGUUCAGGCAGUCCUGGCAAAAUAUGAUGAUAUAAGCCUUCCAAAGUCAGCAGCCAUCUGCUACACAGCAGCACUCUUGAAAACAAGGACUGUUUCGGAUAAAUUCUCUCCAGAAACAGCCUCCAGGAGAGGGUUAAGCACAGCAGAAAUUAAUGCUGUGGAAGCAAUUCAUAGAGCUGUGGAGUUUAAUCCCCAUGUUCCAAAAUACUUACUAGAGAUGAAAAGUUUAAUUUUACCUCCGGAACACAUUCUGAAGCGAGGAGAUAGUGAAGCAAUUGCCUAUGCUUUCUUUCAUCUGCAGCACUGGAAACGGAUAGAAGGUGCUCUCAAUCUCCUGCAGUGUACGUGGGAAGGCACUUUUAGAAUGAUUCCAUACCCAUUAGAGAAAGGACAUCUAUUUUACCCUUAUCCCAGCUGCACAGAAACUGCUGAUAGAGAGCUACUGCCUACUUUUCAUCAUGUUUCUGUUUACCCAAAAAAGGAGCUGCCUUUCUUCAUCCACUUUACAGCAGGGCUCUGUUCCUCUACAGCAAUGAUAGCAUUUCUCACACACCAGUUUCCUGAAGUCAUGGCUGUUUUUGCUAAAGCCGUGAGUAUGAUCUCAAGGACUUGUGUGGAGUAUUUGUAAGACAUCACGGGAAAGCGGCUCUGGUCUGUGCUAACCCACACGAGCAGUGAAAGAUACUUGUAAACAGCAAGAACUGCUUUGUAAAGCUUCUACCAUAAAUAUGUCAACCAUGAACUCUGGUGAUGUGAAUGUCUGUUGCUUAAAAGUUUAAGAAUACAAUGCUGUCACACUAUGUAGUUGGCCUUUGUAAUUACUUGGGUGAUUAAGGCGGCAUUCCUUACCAACUAAAGAAUAAUCCAAUUUU